AAAAGGUCCAAAAGGUCCAAAAGAUUCUUGCCUUGAGCUCUGACCUGGGGCAUCUGGUCUAGACAGACAUGAGCUGAAGAUCGGUUUCGUUCUUUCCGAUUACCACACUCGCUUCUACAACUAUAUCUGUAUCUUGGAGAGCUUCUCCAUCCUUUCGUUACUCUUGUUACCUUUUCCUUUUCUUUUGUUAGUUGUUCUGUUUAUUGUCCUUCAACCAUGAAGGAAUCCUACUUGGGUCUCUCAGCCAUCGGCUGGGAGAGGAUGAUGGGCUCUUGGUGGAACAAGGUCAUUGCAUCAUUUUUACUUGCAAGUGUUGUCCUAGGUUCACUAUACCUGCUCUACAGAUCAUUCCUCUCAGUCAAGAGAUAUUGGCUGUCGAGGAAACAACAAGUCACAGUUCCUGCUGCAGUUGCUCGUUACCUUAAUCGUCUGCGAAGCUCUGUCAGGCCUCUGUCUAUUCAGAAGGAGUCCACUUCUGAACUGAAGUCCUUUGGUGUUUAUCUUGGAAACUUCUCCAGCCCUCCCACCCCCGCUCAGGCUCGUCUCCUCACACAAUGGGACGUCGUCGUCUUGAACCCUCUCGAGCAAGGAGUCGUCAACGUCCUCAACUCGCAUAAGUCUACCUCUGUACAUACUCUUGGUCGACUAAACGUUCGUUCGCUUGCAGAGUCCGAAUCCAGCACCAGCAGCGAUGAAAUCAUUCGCUCUCUUGGUCUCGUGGUCGACGCCAUCACCAAACAUUUCAAGAGCUCUCAGGAUGCUUACUCGCCUUUCACUGGUGUUCUCCUCGCCAACUUCUCGGAGCACUUCCAGGGUCCCAUUUUGAACGAGUUGGUCAGGUACAUCUCUGCCCUUGGCCUUGGAGUCUGGCUCGAGAUGUCGCCACCUGUAUACCUCACCGAGCGUCAAGCUUUGGAUAUCAACAUGAAGUCCAUUCAGGGUAUUGUCUACCGCAAUGCUACCACACGAUCCGAUGGCGACCGCCAGAACUUCCAUCAGAUGGAGGCCAUGCGUACCGUCCAGCGCGCUGUUGCAGCGCAAAGAGUCCCACACGGCCCACCCGUCAUGACCUGGGAGACUAUCGACGAUGGUGUUGAGCAUCAGUACGCUGUUACUCAGCGAAGCUUCAACUGGGCACGAUUCAACAGCGCACUCCCCUGGAUUGGUACCACCUCCGCUCUCGUCGAUGCUGAUAUUGCCGCUGCUCAGACCGUUACGGAACAACCGCUUGGUGCCCUCAUGUGGCUGAAGGGAGACAAGAACAUGAAGGCCCACAACAUCUGGCGUGAGAACGAUGUCAUUACCGCCAGCACUGGUGAGAACGCUCAUCUUUUCGACUCGCUUCACUCUUUCAUCCCCGACCUCAACUCCAAGCUCCGAUUUUUGCCCGGAUCCGCCAACAGGUCCAGCACUGGAAAGGCCAAAGCCGACCAACCUCCUCGCUACUCCCAGGCUCUCAAGGACACUCAGACCAACCCCUUGUCGACCUCCGCCCAGGGAGACGAUUUCACCGGACUUGGCUGCUUCCAACUUGGAAUCGAUGUUACUGCCGACGCUUUCGCCGAGCUACUCCAGGCUCAGCGCAACUUGAGGGAUCUCGACCUCCUCAACCCUGUCAAGCCCGAGGAACUGCAAGAAAUCCGCCAAAAGCUCGAAGUUCUCGUCGAGGGACAAAGCUCCAGGGCCCUCUCCCCCAGCGCAAACUCAGCUGUUCACGAGCUCCUGAACCUCCUCUCCGCCGAAGAUGAAACCUAUGGUCCACGUCUACAAGUCUUCAUUGGACUUCACUCCGGAUUCCAGACCGGCUCCGAUGUUCAGUUCUGGGGUCUCUACGAUGUAGAUGCCAGCUCUGGUGGUUUGAACAUCUACCUCUCUGGUUUUGCCUCUGACCGCGCAAGCGCCAUUUUGCACACAUUCUUGUCCAGCCGUGGAUGCACCCGCACCGAGUGUUUCAUGGGUGAGGUCGCUUUGGCUGAGCAGAGUGGUACCGCUUCAAAGAAGUGGCUUCUGCCCGAACGCAUUGUCAACGAUCUUCAGAAAUUGUCACCAACGGAGGCCAUUCUCCUGCGCCGACGCCUCACUGUCAAGUCUGACGAUGACUCUUUCCUCCUCACUCGCAUUCGCGAUUGCUGCGAGUACCAGCUGAUCGACGUUCCUUCCCUUGCUCAAUUGCGUGCCCUCAACUCCACAGCCUAUCUCCGCGGUGAUUUGUCACCCGAGGACCUUGUCGAGUCCCGCUUGACUUGGCUCCACGAGAAGGGCUUCUGGCACCCUAACCCCGCUGUCGCUACUCAACUCUUCCGUGAGGUCGAUUCCCGUCUCCAUGAGAUCCUCAUGAACGGAGAGAGCGAGACCUACGAGCAGCUUGGAACCACCCUGCAAGCCAUCUGCCAGGCCGAACACAUUGAUGCCGGUGCUGAUCUCUUCGCCCUUGCCGUCUUCUGUGCCUUCCGCAAGCUUGCUCUCGAUGAGAUCUACCUAGAGGUCAUGGACCGCAAUGCCUUCCCCAACCACGCCACCGAUCAGGCAGCUUGUUUCGCUGAGAAUUUCGCCGUCGGCUCGCGUUGCGAUUCCUUCUUCGAUAUUACGCCUAGAGUCCUCGGAAAGAUCAUUUCUGACCGUUACCGAGCAUACUACAUGAAGUACCAGCCUCCAUCGCGUGAGGAUGGAUACACUGAGCUACCGACUGCCUACGCUGCCAUGCAAAUUGACUCUGAUCCCGAGUACGGUACCGAAGAGGUGUCCUCCGUUUACAAGGUCACUUUCUUGGGUAUCUUCGCUGUGCCUGCCCUCAUCGAUAUCAUGUUGCUUACAACGAUCGGACGCGGACUUUACCUGACUACAUUCAUGACAUCCAUGCAAAAGACCAUGGCCACUACCGCUUUGAUGUUGGCCUUGCUCGUCUGCGGUGCUGUUGGUUCCUGGAUUUCUUCCGGAGGUUGCUACUACAUCUACGCCAGUGCCUUCCCCGCGAUGAACAUGUUUGUGCUCACCCGUUUCGUCGCUGGUGUUGCCCUCAUCCUUCUCGGAGGCUCGCUCUCGCUUCUUGUUGCUGGUAUCACCCAGGGCAUUCUCAAUGCUUUGGUCUUCGUCUUCUACUUUGCCAUGCUCUCGACCUACCUCCUGACGCUUUCUGCGCUCUCUAUCUACCAGGUCCCUGGCUCAAGCUUCCAGUCUGGUCGUUCCGUCAUCAUGGCCUGCAUUCCCAUUCUGUUCAUCUCACCGGUGCUCACGAUCUGGGUGCAGCAUGAUAUUGCUGUCUACGUCUGCGUCUUGACAACAUUCUUGGCUUCUCUCCUCUUCGGUGCUCGUAAGAUCAUGUCUCAAUGGGCAACUUGGUACCUCAACAUUCCCGUUGUCACCGACGCCGAAGUUGUCAGCUGGUACGCAAAGCAGCGCGGAAUCUCCGAGUCUGGCGAUGGUUUGAAGGGACUCGGCGCCACUGGCCUUCCACGAAAGGAGCUACAUGCUGCCGUUGUCAAGGACGCCAACCGUGCUUUCUGGACCCGAGCCUCGAAAGAUCCUCUCGUCAGCAGACUUUCUGGAGGUUACGAGUCAACCAAGUUCCUCAUGUCCUGGUACUGCCGUCACAGGCGAACCGCAAUGCCUUUGGCCUACAGCCCCACCUGGAACUUGACCCUCAAGGCAGGUCUCGAGAACAUCACCAACAUGCAAAAGGGUUUGAAGUUGCACAGUGCUUUCCUCCAUUGGCGCCAUACCGGUGCUGAUGUGUGGUCUGGAAUCCUCUACUUCGUUGUCGCUCUUCUUGACAAAUGGGCCGCCCUUGUCUCUGGUGGAGCUCUCGUUGGAUUGUCUGCAGCCGGCUCUGAAGAGUUCCGCUUGGCUGUCGGUUUCGGUCUCUGCUACUAUCUCAUUGGUGCAGUUUCCCUGGAUGCAGUCUCCCAGCCCCUCUGGACGGCUGCCAACGAGAACACAAUUCAGCCCAUCACAUCAGUCAAGUUCCUCCGACAAGCUACUAAGAAUGACCGGAAGGCUCGCCGCAUCCUCUACUGGACCAAUCUCGCCAAGUUCUUCUUCUUGCACAUCUGGGGUAUUGCGAUCACGAGUGCGCUCAUGUGGACUUUCAACACUUCCAAGAAUGCUACAAUCUUGUACCUUGCAUACCUCGGCGCUUACACCGGUUUGCUAUGGUACCAGUACAACAAGAUUUAUUGCGGCAUGAAGGGUGCCCAGUGUCUUGCUUGGGCUUCCAUCCUUGGUCUUCCCGUAGGAAUUGCUCUCCACAAGACUCUUCCUAUGUGGACAUACAGUGGAGUCGUCGCUUUGUCUUUCGGUACCUGGGUCGCCGCCAUCCACUCAAUGUUCCUUUCCGACAUCGGUCUUCCAAUUUUCUGGAAGUCUCGAUCGGUUGACGUUUCUGAGAGCACAGAAAAGGACACCAAGGUCGCUACCUCCUACUCUUGCAGUGCGCUUGAGCCUUAUCCUCAGCUUUCCCAAGCUACCUUGGCUAAGGCCUUCGAAAAUCUCGGCGAUCUUGAUGCUGAACAGCGCUUUACGUUGAAUCCCUCUAAGCACCCCGGCGCUAGGGUUGUCGAUCACCUCGUGCCCCAAAGCCGAUCCGCAAAGUCUUACCUAAUUGAGGCCGCUUUCCCAACCGCAUCGCAAUUGAUCCAAAAGACGAUUGAGCUUUGGAACAACGGACAAACCGUGGUGGAACUCGUUGGAGCCCGACACUUCCCCCAACUUGAUCAGAAGCUUGGAACCAUUACCCAGAUGAAGGGCAACCGCCUCCACAUCUACGUUGCUCUCGGAAAGGAUUUGGUCAACGAUGCAUGGACAAUGAACAUCCAGCGAAACGCUAAGAUCAUCGCUGAAGCGCUCAUUCAAGCCUCCUGCGAACAUCACUUUGGUCUCUCGCACGAUCACGCAAUGCUCUCUAGUCUUCUCGUUGUUGAAGAGGCAGAAUUCGAGACUUUCAACCUCCCUGAGGGAAUCAAGCGCCAGAUCGAGUCGUCUGCACCUGAGCGACUCCGGGUUGUCAGCAACGGCAACGUGACAAUGCUCAAGUAUCUUCUCCUCGGUGUUGAUUGCGAACGUGAAUGGGACGAUCUGCCAAGCACAAUCAGGGCCUUCUUGCUCAAACGCUGCGCAGGACAAUAUCAACCCCUUGGCCCCGACGAGGAGCAAUGGAUCCAAUCCAGGGUUUCUCCAAAGGAUCGCAUUGGUGCUGACGAAUUCGUUGCUCGCUUCAACCUUGGAGCCACAUUGGCUGCUUCUGUAGAUGCAUACGCCAAGGCAUUUGGCCUUCCCAAUGGUCCCUACGAAGAGGAAGUUGACGCUCAAAGUAUCAACUCUGACUACCAGAGGCUCAUCACCCCCACUACGCCUGAUACACCCGCCACAAAACGAUUCAUUCAACGCUCUCGCCAGAUCUUCAAUGCAUGCAUCAAGUUCUUGAUUCUUGCGCUUGUUGCGGAUCCAGAGUACCAACGUGAAUUGGACUACAUGCUUCGCGAUCAGGCCUGGAUCAUUCAUUGGCCCAUUACCUUCUUCCUCAAUGGCAUUUGGUCGUUCUGCAAGUUCCUUCAAGGUAUCAUCAUCCCCACCGUCCUCUUCCACAGGCGCAAGAAUGUUGCGCAGCUUCAGAGUAACAUGAAGGGAAUGAAGACCAUUCUCAAGAGCAAUCGUGUCAUCAUUGAGUCCCUCAAGGGUCCUUCCACUUGCUUCUGGACUGCUCAGUCUGACGGCAGCAUCCGCCUGGCUCAGUACAAUGGACGACACGACAGCGAACCAGCCGAGUCCAAGCAGCUCGUUGCAGUCAACACUUAUGCAGAGAGGUUCCGCCUUCGCCAACGCGAGGAGUACCGCGGUGAGAAGCUUAUCAACAUGUUCACCUAUGAGUAUCCCGAGAACAACAAACGCUCCAAGCUUCCUAUCCAGCGUCAAUGCGUCAAGGGUGACCUUCACGGCCAGAUUGUCCAGUACGAUGAGAGAGGUUACAUCACCACCGGUUCCACUUUCCGCAGCUCUGAUCCCGUUCAAUUCACCUACUGGUACCGCAGGAGUGCUAAGUUCGAUGAUGAAUUGCUUCGCGGCGAGUACGUCCUUCCCCACAUGACCAUUCGAAUCAUGUGGAGUAUGCCUCCUCGGGAUCAUCCAGAGCGAUUGGAUGAUUGGGUUCCAUUCACCAAGGUCACUGAAGCUACAUUCAUCCAGGGUCCCGACGUCUACCACGCUUCAUGGGCUUACGAGCACAAGUUCCACCCAGAGAUCACGACAACCCUCAACGGUAACACCAUCGACACUCCCCCUAUGAUCAAGGAUGAUUGGUUCCAUGUCUUGCAGAAGCCUGAAAGGUGCUCCUUCGUUAGCGACAACCCUGUCCUUGCCUUCUCCUCCGUCAAGUCCAACUUCUUCACCCGUCUUCUCCGUCUCAACGUCAAGCGCUACCCAAUUUCCACUUCUCACGCUCGCACCCAACUGUGGAAGCUCUGGAAGAAUGGACGAGACCUCGAUGCUAUCACUGCUAGGUGGAUUGACGAGGAUCUCGUGCGAUCUGACAGCAUCUUGAAGUCGUACUGGCGAAACCGCGAUCUUGGUCUUCUCUCUCGCGCAAAGGCCUACCUUGACGCCCAUUCCGAUACCAUCAUGGCACGAACUGAUGUCGAUCCCGAGAUCUCUGCUUGGCUACAUAUCGCAUACAAGAUUGCCGAUUACUACAGCUUCGGACAGGGUGGUGACUCUACCAUCAAUACCAGGACACUCAGCGGACAAAUGCAGGAUAGCGAUGACGAACUCCACAUUCUCGCUAUGGACACUUCCACUUGGCCCAACGAACCUGGCGGUGUCUCUGCUUGUCGUCGUGAUAUGGUCAACGAUCUCAAGACUAUCAAAUGGUCUGUUGUCGCUGAAACUGCCAAUGACUACGGUGUACCACGUUUCCAGAUUGAGCGCAAUGUCAAGUCUCUCACGGUUCUGCCUCUCUGGGGUUUGGAUUUCUUGAACCCUACCCAUGGUGUCCUUCGCAACACUUUGGACUCGGAAAUCGUUGAAAGGACCCACGAUACCAGCAUUGAGGAUAUCAAGAAGAACUUCAUUCCCAUUCUUACAAGCUUGGUUACUUGCGCUCGCGCUCUCCACCCUACCCGCGAAAUCAUCGAAGAGGCCACCAAAGCAUUGGUCGACCUGAACACUUACUUCGAGGGUCCCCGUAACUACAACGUGGUUUGGAACAGCGACAUCGUCAAGUCUGUGUGGCGCGAACUUUGGCUCACUGAGGACCAGGAGGACACCCUCAAGGUUUCUGAGUGGUGGGAUUACGAGAAGCCAACCAUGCAACAACUCGAUCAAGCCUUGAACAUGUGGCAUCGUUAUCUCUUCAUUUUCUCCAUUCCCGUCCCCGAGAAGAUUCCCGACGUUUUCCAAGCAUCUCACCAUUUCACUGGUGCCACCUACGGUAUUCUCUGCAAAGUCAAGCGCAAUGUCACUCUCCACGUCUGGGAUCACUGCAUCAGUUUCCGAGAGUUCACCACUUUCAUGUCCUCUGCCGUCUCCUUCGACAUGCCUUUCGUCAACAGUUCCCUCAUGUCUUUGGGUCAUCUCUCCUGUGUCCUUCUCGAGCAUCACGCAGACGUUGUCCUUCCUUGCGCUGCUUACUUCAAUCCUGGCUGGGAAGUCGAACUCGGUACUGCUGAGGGUGCUCUCGAGCAUCGCAAGACCUUCGCCCGCAAGAUCGACCCUGUCGUCAACGGUAUCUGCAACAUGGAGAAAUUCGAGCCUAUCAAGAAGAUCAAGACUGACACUCCUACCGUGGUCAUGUUGUCCCAUAUUCAAUUCGUCAAGGACAUCAAGAACGCUAUCAUGGCUACGGAUCUCAUUGUCAACAAGUGGGGCUUCAGCGACUACCAGCUACACAUUUACGGAGACAUGGAGCGCGCUGCCGGUCACUCAACUGAAUGUCAAGAAUUGAUCGCUUCCAAGGGUCUCCAAGAUCACUGCAUUCUCAAGGGUCUUGGAAAUGCUUCUCUUGUCUUGCAAGAUGCCUGGGUCUUCCUCAACUCCUCCAUCUCUGAGGGUCUUCCUUUGGCUAUGGGUGAAGCCGCCUUGACGGGUGUGCCGGUCGUCUGUACCGAUGUCGGUGCCUCUUUCUGCGUUGUUACUGAUGGCAAGACUGGCGACCAGUUCAGUGAAGUCGUUCCCCCCAACGAUUCCGAGUCGCUCGCUCGUGCUCAAAUCAACAUUUUGGCUCUUCUUGGUCGCUGGGCAGUACACGCCGAGGACGCCCCAGGUGUUGAGGCUCCUAUCCUCUCCUAUCCCAACCCAUCCCCCGAGGAGGUCAAGCAGAUCUCUGACCGCAUGUACGAGAAGAAGGAGCAUCGUCGUAAGCUCGGUAUGAUGGGACGUGACAACGUCUUGAACAACUUCUCUGCCGAUCGUUACCUCCGCGAGCAUGAACAGAUGCUCUGGAUUGGCAAGUACCGCAGCCCCGUCUACCGCGCUCGCAACAGCAACAUCUUGCCUUCCAACAGUUCCAGCUUCUGGUUCGGAAAGGAGAAGAUGACCUUCGGUGCCACUGUGGACGCCAUGUCCACACCACCAAGAACCCCAAGGUUGGCACCCGAGAGGUGGAGCUCAGCUCCUUCCUCCAGGGCUUCCAGUAUUCGUUGGUUCAAGGAGAAACCAUCGACACCUUGGUAGCGCAAAAGCUAAAAACAUUUGCAUUUUCAUUUUCACUCGCUUUUCCUUUUUACGUGUAAAUAACGCCAGGAAAUUGUUAUUACCUUAUACCAACGGGAUUGUUUAGUCGGUUUUGGAUUUAAUCAUGGUUCUCUGCGGGCGGUUUAUAACGAGAAACCAAACGGCCUCUGCAUCUUUCUAUAAAUACUUAAUGACCUAAUCUCAAUAAUAGAUAUUUAAAGAAAAUUAGAUUGGAAAUAACAAACAAAUAAAUAUUUCAAAC